AUGGAAGAACAUACCAACAACGAACUCUCCAGGCCACAGGUGCCUCCGGUCUUUCUACUGAAAACACCCUCGUCUCCCCGAGACGUAUACGAGGAGUACUUCCUCAAAAACACCUUUGCGCUUCCAUCGAGACAACGAUCGAACUCGCCAACUGACUCGAAAGAGACAAAUAACUUCGAAUAUAUCAAGUAUGACCCGAUCUUUGUGCCCGUAUUUUCGCACAGUUUCCAUGCGCAGAAUUUGGAGAUUAUGAAAUCAUAUUUCAGGCCGACAGCGGACGACGGCGAUUCCAUUGGCGAGAAGGGAGCACCUUUGCGCAAUGCUUUUAGUGGACAGGGAAAGAAGUAUGGUGGACUUAUAUUUACGAGUCAGAGGGCUGUGGAAGCAUUGGGACAUAUCUUGGAACAUGGUGACAUUCCAGCUGAGAUCACAACCUCCACCUCAAAAGAUCUGAUCUUAUACACCGUCGGACCCGCAACAACACGCACCCUGACCCCUCUCCGCGAUAAAUUCCUACCCUUCGCAACGAUAUACGGUGACGAAGCCGGCACUGGCGAAAAUCUUGCACACCUGAUACUCAACCACUAUAACAAGCUUUACCCAGCAACAGCAGAAGAAGGAGAAGACAGCAGUCAAAAACCAGGAUUAUUAUUCCUAGUCGGCGAGCAGAGACGGGACAUCAUACCCCGAACACUCAUGAGCAAAACCUUGGAUGAAAACCAGCGAAUCAACGUUGAUGAACUCGUCGUCUAUGAAACGACUCAAAUGGAAGGAUUUGAAACUCAAUUUCAAGACGUCGUUCGUAAGGGAGAGGAAUUGUUGAAAAACGAACAGACGCCUUUGUGGACAGUCAUAUUCUCGCCGACGGGUUGCGACGCUGUUCUCAGGACAUUGAAUCUUCUCGACAGCAACAACAAGGACACCAAUUCAUCCAAGAGGAGAUGUCGAAUAGUAACGAUUGGCCCCACGACAAAGGAUCAUCUGAUCACGAAAUAUGGCUUUGAGCCUGAUGUUGUUGCGCGAAGACCGACUCCGGAGGGGAUUGGCGAGGGGAUAAAGGAGUAUCUUUUGGCGAUGAAGCUGUAA